AUACUUUCUCAAUGUUCAUGAUGACUUCGGGGCUUGAUAAAGACCUUAACGACAAUGGAGAUAAAACGACGAAACUUGAGGAUAGGCGCAUGCUUAUCCUUUACGGCUCCGAAACAGGGAAUAGCCAAGACCUUGCCGGUGACCUUGAAAGGCUCGCUGAGAGACUACACUUUAAAACAUUUGUGUGUGAGGUGAACGAUGUCGAACUUAGUAAUUUACUACAAUACCCUUUGAUAAUAUUCGUCAUUUCUACCACCGGCCAAGGCGAAAUUCCUCGGAACGCAAUCAAAUUCUGGAAGAGCCUCCUGCGCAAACGACUACUACCGAACUGUCUACAGAAAGUUAACUUCACUACAUUUGGUCUUGGCGAUAGUUCAUAUACUAAGUACAACUGGGCAGUUAGGAAACUUCACAAACGUCUAGAACAGUUAGGUGCGACCGAGUUCUUUCCCCGUGGCGAGGCUGAUGAGCGUCACCAAGACGGCAUCGACGGCACAUUUCUAGCUUGGUCGCUAAGCCUUCGGAGUCAUCUUCUAAAAGAAUAUCCUUUACCCGAAGGCUUAUCGCCUAUACCCCCGGAAGUUCAACUUCCCCCCAAAUUCACAUUAGAAUUAGUAUCCAAUAUGGAUACGUCAGAUGAGCCAAUGCCUGACCGGGACACGCGAGAGUCUAAGGUCCCGGGCAAUCCAGACGCAGAUGGAGCUCUUGCUACCGCCACAUUACCAAGUGGCAAUUCUCAUCCCGUCUACCAGGAAAAAGCUCUUGAUAGAACUGCAGCGCUUUUCAGUCAUCCCGACACGCCUAACCCAAAUGCUCUGGAGCAGGCUCUACGGGCAGAGAGGAUGUCCAUCAACAGCAACACCUACGCUGCUCGUUUAUCAGAGAAUACGGCUAAGGUAAUUAAAGGCGGAAUAGAUACUCUGGAUAGACCUAAUGUACUGAGAGAUCAUCCAUCAAAGUACUCUCUAGAGGAUUCGAGCACUAAGGAGGCACUUCCUCCCGCAGAUCUUCUUCCUAUACCUCGAUCAUGGUCCGCCACUCUCGUAGAGAAUCACCGAGUUACCCCUGCUUCUCAUUGGCAGGAUGUUCGCCAUCUAGUCUUUGACGUCCCUUCACAGCCAGACACUUCUAGAAAGGGAGACUUGGGCCUCUUCAGUUACGUACCUGGCGAUGCAGUCGUCAUCUACCCCAAAAACUUUCCCGCGGAUGUGCAAGCGCUGAUCGAUUUGAUGGGUUGGCAAGAUGUCGCCGACUUGCCUUUUGAGCAUCGUGCAGCCCAACUGCACAUGCUAUAUACACAGCCUAGAAAUUGCCAUCCGCUUACUAAUUCUACCUUACGACAACUCCUACUCCAUAACUACGAUAUCACCGCCAUUCCUAAGCGCAUCUUCUUCCAAGAGAUCGCGUUCUACACCAACGACGCUACGCACUCGGAACGGCUCAGGGAAUUUUCAAACCCCAGUCUAUCAGACGAAUUCUACGACUACACAUCCCGUCCUCGACGCUCCAUUUUAGAGGUCCUGCAAGACUUCCCGUCAGUCAAGAUUCCUUACGAGCAUGUUCCGUCCAUCUUCCCCGUCAUGCGUGGUCGGGAAUACAGCGUUGCAAGCGGCGGUUCGCUUCUUAAGAGUGGAGAUAAUCACCAGGUCACAAGGGUUGAGCUCUUGGUAGCGUUAGUGAAGUACAAGACUGUGUUACGAAAAACCCGGCAGGGACUUUGCUCUCGUUAUCUGGCAUCACUAAGUCCCGGAACUAUCAUCAACAUGACUCACAGGGAGUAUGACACUCUACAGACGGAGCUCAUUCGUAGACCGCUCCUAGCGAUUUCCCCGGGCACUGGCGUUGCUCCAAUACGCGCUCACGUUUGGGACCGUCAUGAUUACGCGGAUGCCGGUGAUAUCCUCUUGGUCUACGGCGGACGAAAUCGCGACGCCGACUUUUACUUUAAGGAUGAAUGGGACACAUUCGGCAUCAAGGUUCUCACGGCAUUUUCCAGGGAUCAGGCGGAAAAGAUCUAUGUACAGGACCGUAUCCGCGAGAACGCACUAACGAUCUGCGAUAUUAUUCAGAAGAGAUGCGUGAUCUUUAUCUGUGGAAGCUCGGGGAAGAUGCCGGAGGCAGUUCGUUCAGCCCUGUACGAUGCUAUGGUGAUUGGAAAAUUGGCUCCCGACCGAGAGGUGGCCAAGAAGCUGCUACACUCGCACAAUCCCAUGUGGGAAGAAGUCUGGUGAUGUGGAGGCAAAUUGAUAGCAAUUAUCUAUCCGGACUGGGUUAACUGAACCACUGUACAAGUUGUAGCUGUCUUCGCUAGGCUAGAAACUAUAUGGGAUGUAAUAAAGAGCAUCUCGAAAAUUGCCCAAA